GGCAAGCACAAUAAUUCAAAGUUCAAACCCCGGUUUUCCCCUCUCUCUCAUAAAACACAAAUAAAUAGAUAAAAACAGAUUCAUUUAAUUCACAUAUUAGCGAUGAGUGAAUGAGAUCAUAAUAUCCACUUGCCAAUUUAUUAUUAGUCGGUUAUUUUCCGCAUUAAACAAUCCCCAAAACCAUAGUUUUAAUUUCCAAUUUAAAGAAAAAUGGUGGAAUCGGAAACUGGCCUGCAGAAGUCCAAAUCGGCAAAUUCCCACAUUCCCUCCCAUCCACAGAGAGAAAGAGAAUAAAGAAUCGAAUCGAGAGAAUAGGCCGAAAAAGAGGAGGGGUGUGAAGAAGAAAGCUUCCUUUUUCGAGUUAGUUAUAUGGGGGGAGGCACAUUCGUGGACGGAGUUCGUCGCUGGUUCCAACGCCGCCCAAACACCACUUCCAAUAUUAGUAACAAUGAGCUACAGCCGCAUGCAGUUUUGACGGAACGCGCCCUUUCCAUUGUUGACGACUUUGAUAUUUCGGGCCUCAAGUUGAUUAAAGUCCCCAAGCGCCUCGAUUUCCCAUUUUCAAACCCCGCUAUGGAUUCCCACAAAAAGAGUAAUCUGGAAACCGAAUUCUUCACAGAGUAUGGGGAGGCAAGUAGGUAUCAGGUCCAAGAAGUUAUAGGCAAAGGUAGUUAUGGCGUUGUAGGUUCUGCAAUUGAUACUCAUACUGGAGAAAGAGUUGCAAUAAAAAAGAUCAAUGAUGUCUUUGAGCAUGUUUCUGAUGCCACGCGAAUCCUCAGAGAAAUCAAGCUUCUUCGCCUGCUUCGCCAUCCUGAUAUUGUUGAAAUCAAGCACAUAAUGCUUCCUCCUUCUCGGAGAGAAUUCCGGGAUAUCUAUGUUGUUUUUGAAUUGAUGGAGUCUGAUCUUCACCAAGUGAUUAAAGCGAAUGAUGACCUAACACCGGAACAUUAUCAAUUUUUCCUCUACCAGCUCCUGCGCGGCUUGAAAUACACCCACUCAGCAAAUGUGUUCCACCGGGAUUUAAAGCCAAAGAACAUACUUGCUAAUGCUGACUGUAAGUUGAAGAUUUGUGAUUUUGGUCUGGCACGUGUGUCAUUUAAUGAUGCCCCAUCAGCAAUAUUUUGGACUGAUUAUGUUGCAACUCGAUGGUAUCGUGCUCCUGAGUUAUGCGGUUCCUUUUUCUCUAAAUAUACUCCUGCUAUUGAUAUUUGGAGUAUUGGAUGCAUAUUUGCUGAGAUGCUCACUGGAAGACCGUUAUUCCCCGGGAAAAAUGUGGUGCAUCAGUUAGACUUAAUGACAGAUUUGCUUGGAACUCCACCUCCUGAAUCUAUUGCAAGGAUCAGGAAUGAAAAGGCUAGGAGAUAUCUCAGCAGUAUGCGGAAGAAACAACCUGUUCCAUUUUCUCAGAAAUUCCCCAAUUCUGAUCCUUUGGCUCUUCGCUUGCUAGAAAGGCUUCUGGCGUUUGAUCCUAAAGAUAGACCGACUGCUGAAGAAGCGUUGUCUGAUCCCUACUUUCAUGGGUUGUCAAACGGAGACCGUGAACCAUCAACUGUACCUAUAUCAAAGCUCGAGUUCGAAUUCGAGAGGAGGAAACUGACUAAAGAUGAUGUUAGGGAGCUGAUUUAUAGAGAGAUUUUGGAGUAUCAUCCUCAUAUGCUUGAGGAGUAUCUUCGAGGUGGAGAGCAGACUAGUGGCUUCAUGUACCCAAGUGGCGUUGAUCGGUUCAAGAGACAGUUUGCUCAUCUUGAAGAGCACUAUGGUAAAGGUGAAAAAAGCACUCCUCUACAGAGACAGCACGCUUCAUUGCCUAGAGAGCGCGUCCCUGCACCGAAAGAUGAAGUUGAAGAUAACGAUUUUGAAAAGCGAACUGCAGCUUCUGUUGCUACGACUCUAGAUAGCCCCCCAGGGGACGAUGGUAUGAAUACUAACACACAAAAUGGUCACAAGGGAAACUACAGCGCUCGUAGCUUGUUGAAGAGUGCAAGCAUCAGUGCUUCCAAAUGUAUCGGUGUCAAAGAAAAAAGAAACACCGAGGAAGAACCAAUUGAAGAAAACAAUGAAGAGAUUGAUGUGUUAUCGGAGAAAAUUGCUGCCCUCCACGCUUGAUUCGUAUUCUAGUAGAUGGUAACUUAUGCUGGCUUGCUUUCGACUGUGAGAUUACAUUUCUUUCGAGCCAGUUACAUUUUUAGCAUUCAUAGAUUAGGAAGGAAAAAUCGCUUCAUUUCAUUUUGAUUAGCACUUGAUGGAUUAAUUGGGUUGUACAGAAGUAUUCGCUCCCCUUUUCCAAAUUUGUAUAUUUAUAGAAUCAUCUGUUUUAUGAUGGUUCAUUUGGCUCAUUACUUUGUACUAGGAUAUCUCAAAAAAAAUGCUCUUGCAAUAUUUAAUUUUAGCCUGUGAAAGGAUCCCUUGCAAA